CCUAUCUGGAGGAGCAGAACCAGCAGCUCCUGGGGCAGAUCGUGGAGAACCAGUCCCAGGAAGAUAGCACGGCGCGGAAGGAGCGGGAGGUGAUGCUGCGGCUGAAGGAGGUGGUGGACAAGCAGAGGGAUGAGCUUCGUGCCCAGGCCCACGAGAUCAUCUGUAAGAGCCGAGACACGGAGGCGCUGCAGGAGCAACUGCAUCGCUUCAUGGCCAUGAACGAGGACCUGCGUCACAAGGUGGCCGUGGUGCAGGCUCAGCUCAAGAGUGCGCUGGAGAAGAAAUCGGACCUGGAGGCCAUGAUGAUGCAAACCCAGAGGGAAACGAGCAGGAGGAGCAGGACCGCCUCUGAGAUUCAGCAGCCAAAGCCCAGCCUGGUGAGCUUUGGGUGGGGGCUUCAGGGUCUCCACUUGCCUGCUGAAUCCCUGUCCCCCCAGGAAGGAGCGCCAGUGCCCGCGGAGGAACCACAGCACCAGGACGCGGACACAGGCAGGAGCCCUGCUCACUGCUGCUUCUCCAGGGAAGAGCUGCAGCAGAUCCUGCAAGAGCGGAAUGAGCUCAAGACCAACCUGUUCUUGGUGCAGGAGGAGCUGGCUUAUUACCAGCGGGAGCUGCUGAACGAAGAGAGAGUUCCCAGCUUCUUCUUGGAUGCCAUGAAGUCAACUAUCAAAAGACAGAGAAAAAAAAUCAGAGCUAAAAUGCUGGGAACGGCGGAGGAGUCGGCGAGCAGCGAUGAAGACGAGGGCUCCUGGCUCCCAGCUCGUGGCACAGACUGCGUGGAUGCUCAGCCUCCUGAAUCCAAAAUUAGGAGCUUUUUUGGACUGUGGUAUCAGGGCAGCAGCAAAGACCUCCCCACAUCCAGCUGCUCUGGAGCCUGGGAAAUCAUCGACUCGCUGGACACGCAGCCGGCGGGAGAGAGUGAGCCGGUGGACGUCUGCCCCGACAGAGCCCCACCAGCCCUCUGA